UCCCGCUAACGCCGACUCCGCAUGAUGCUACAUGGCCCUGCCGUGCUGCACUUCCAUGGGGCUCCUGCGGCACUGCUCCAUCCUGGCCGCCGCUUCGUGGGAAGGCAACGUACAAGUGCCUUCGCAGCCAAGUGCUCGUGGGCUGCGCUUGGCGUGGCUUGCCGAGUUGGAAGGCUUCGAUGCUAUGCUGAACGAAGGUCUGCGGAAGCGCUGAGGAGCAAGGUUGCCAAGGUGGUUGCAAAGAAAGACUUGAAGUCGGCUCAACGAGAUGCUCCUGAUGCAAUUGCUGAGUUUCAGGCAUUGCAGAAAGACCCCUUGGCAUCCUGGAGUUUGCUCGACGAGGGGGAAUUCCAAAACCGAGUUCUCUCCGUGCUGGUGGUGGCGUGUGUGCCUUGCUUCAUUCUGACUGCAAAGGUUUUUCCAGUCACCGGCGAUGAAGGCAAAGUCAUCCUCCAGAACGUUCUGGCAGACCUGACCUUCGGCUCCAGCCUUGCUGCGCUGCUUGUGACCGUGGUCCUCCUCCGCAUCGGCCACCGGCAAUUGGAGGUCAACCAAUUUCUCCGCCAGCGAGCAAACUUCUUUGAAACAAGCGGGGGCGGCUACUAUUUUCAAAAGAAAACAGAGGCCAACGAGCGCCGGGACUCCUUGAUCCACCGCUAUGAGACUGCGCCGAGCGUGGCAAAGGUCCGGCGGUAUGUGCUGUCCACACUGCUGUUUGCAGCUGGAAGCGGUUUGGCUGGCUUUGCCUCUGGUGGAGAGAUGAAGAUUGUGGAAGAGGAGGAGGAGGAUGAUGGUGGAUUGGGUUGAAGCCC